UAAAUUAACUAUCAUAUCUAUAUUUAUUUAAAUAUCUAAUUCUAAGUAUCUAUAUAAUUCUUAUUUUGUUACUAAUAAAAAUGACGUAUUUAAAUUCAUGGGAAGAGUUCGAAAAAGGUGCCGAGAGGUUAUAUCUUCAAGAUCCAAUGAAGGCUCGGUAUACAAUGAAAUAUUGCCAUAAUAAAGGUAUAUUAUGUCUAAAACUUACAGAUAAUCGAACGUGUCUACAAUAUAAAACGGUAGCACAAGACUUAAAGAAGAUGGAAAAAUUUAUAGGAAACUUGAUGAGGCAUAUGGCAUCUAAGGAGAGCUAAACAAGGACUAGAUAAGAUUAGGGACAUUUUUUAAUCAAGGAAUAAAAGUGCUGCGCAUUUAAUUCAUUUGUUUAUGUUGUUCCAUUUCAUAAGUGACUGAUGGGAUUAUAGAUAUUUAAUUUGAAAUGAGGUAUAAAAAUUUUCUUAAAUAUACAAUAUGUGCA